UUGCAGAGCAGCAGCGGCGGCGCGGAGGAAAGAACGAGAGACGCAGACGACAGAGGAGACACUCACUGGACAUCCUGAAGAAGCAGGAAGACUGCAAAGGUCAAAGGAGAGAGAGGCGCUUCAUUGAUGAGCUCGCGUUCAGGCGCUGGACACUUUCCAGAUUCAAGUUAGAUUGAGUCUGUGCUGCUAAUUUCAGUAGUUGCUGUGAGGAGAGUUAGUGUUGGGUUUGUAGUUUAACGCCAGGAUCAUGGACGCAUCAGGAAGGUUUUAGGUCACCGAAGGUCACCCGAGGGCCGUCAGCACUGCUAUUGAGGUGAGUUUGGAGAUGGAGUUGUGGAGACAGUGUGCCGGAUGGCUGAUUCAGUGCCGAGUGCUUCCCGAGAACCACAGAGUCACCUGUGACAACGCACAGGUGUGUGAUCUGGCCCAUGCUCUGAGAGAUGGAGUGUUACUCUGUCAGCUGCUCAAUAACCUGCUGCCGCAGUCGGUCAACCUGCGUCAGAUUGACCUGCGACCCCAGAUGUCUCAGUUCUUGUGUCUGAAGAACAUCAGGACGUUCCUGUGUGCCUGUCAGGAGAAAUUCGGUAUGAAGAAGAACGAGCUUUUCGAGGCCUUUGACCUGUUUGACGUCCGGGACUUUGCGAAGGUGAUCGAUACACUGUCCAUCCUGUCACAAACACCGCUGGCCCUGCAGAGAGGAUUCCGUGACACGGUGGAGGAAGAUGAUGAUCUUUAUGACUGUGUGGAGGAAGACGAGAAUGAAGGAGAUGAUAUUUAUGAAGAUCUGAUGAGGACGGAGGAACCAGAAACACAGCAGAAGGUUGAAGUGGACAAGAGGAGCUGCUGUCUUCAGGAGCUCAGACAGACAGAGGAGAAAUACACAAACACACUGGAAUCAAUACUUCAGCACUUUCUGAAACCGCUGCAGCCUUUCCUGCAGCCUGUGGACAUCGAGAACAUCUUCAUCAAUAUUCAAGAUCUGGCCAAGACUCAUCGCUCUCUGCUUCACGAGCUGCAGGAGUCCAUGCUGCAUUCACGAGCCGAGAAUCUCUAUCAGAUCUUCAUCGACUACAAGGAGAGGCUGUUGCUGUACGGACGUUACUGCAGUCAGGUGGAAGCCGCCACCAAACACCUGGACAAAAUCACCAGCAUGCAUGAAGACGUGAAGAUGAAACUGGAGGAGUGCUCAAUGAGAGCCAACAGCGGCAGGUUUUCACUGCGAGAUCUGCUGAUGGUUCCCAUGCAGAGAGUCCUGAAGUAUCAUCUGCUGCUGCAGGAGCUUGUGAAACAUACGGUGGACCAACGAGAGAAAGAAAACUUGCGCACUGCACUGGAUGCCAUGAGGGAUCUGGCUCAGUGUGUGAACGAGGUGAAGCGAGACAAUGAGAUCAUCCGUCAGAUCACGACGUUUCAGCUGUGCAUCGAGAAGAUGUCUCUGUCUCUGGCGUUAUACGGACGACCCAAAAUAGACGGGGAAUUCAAGAUCUGCAAUCUGGAAAAGAAAUCCAAACAGGACCGGUAUGGCUUUCUCUUCGAUAAGGCUCUGCUAGUGUGUAAGAAGCGCAGCGGCGAGAGUCUGGAGCUGAAGGAGCUGAUUGAGCUUCAGCAUUACCAGCUGAGAGACGAGCCGUCAGGAGAGAAGGACAGCAAGAAGUGGACGCACACCUUCCUGCUGAUGGAUCUGUACGGUCAGGGCGGCUACGAUCUCUUCUUUAAGACGCGAGAGCUGAAGAAGAAGUGGCUGGAGCAGUUUGAGAUGGCGCUGUCCAACAUGUGUCCGGAGAACAGCACGGCUAACGGUCAUGACUUUCAGAUGCACUGUUUUGAGGACACCACCUCGUGUAAAGCCUGUCAGAUGCUCCUCAGGGCGCCUCCUCCAGAUUUAACAGGACUGCCCUGGUUCGCUGGUAACAUGGACCGGGCCGGUGCUAAAACUCUGCUGAUGUCUCGCUCUGACGGGACAUUUCUGGUGCGGCAGAAAGACGCUGGAGAAUUCGCCAUCAGCCUCAAGAAGGCAUCAGGAUCAUGUGAGUGUGUAGCGUGUGAUGUGUUUAAUGUGUGUGUGUGGCAGGAGCUGGUGCAGUACUAUCAGGAGAACUCGCUAAGGGAGUGUUUUAAGGACGUGGACUCCAGACUGCAGACGCCGUACAAGCAGCCGGAGCAGAGCGCAGCGCCGCAGCACAGCAACACACGCCACGCAGGUGUGAGCGAGCGCUACCACGGCACGGCUAAAGUGCACUACGAUUUCUCUGCUCGUGACCGUACCGAACUCUCUCUGCGGGAGGGAGACACCGUCAAGAUCAUCUCCAAGAAAGCUCACAAUGGCUGGUGGAAAGGAGAGGUGUACGGCAGGGUGGGCCUUUUUCCUUCUAAUUACGUGGAGGAGGAGCAUUCAGAUUACUGCUAACCAAUUAACACCUUCAUCACAUCACACUGAUACUAUCACAGCCACGUCAGUCGUUUACAGCAUCUCAAUCUCACCUGAGAAUCAGUCAAACGUCCGAAUGAAUGGGGUUUGCUGGCUUGUACAUAGUGUUCUUCACUAGACAAAGUGGAUGAUUUCAUCGUUUCAUUUUAAACAGACUCCAGUUUGGAGUGAUUUAAUCCAGGAGUAGUUCAGAUUAAAGUUAACGGUUUGAUGGGUUCAGAAGAGUUCGUCAGUGUUUCAGUGGAUGUAAUGGGGUGUUUUUUUCCUUGAGAUUCCAAUUAAAGUGGUUUUAAAAGCAUUGUGAUGUUCAACAAACACAGAGA